AUGGAGGCCUCGAACGCUCUUCUCGCUCAGGCUCAAGCCCUCGUUAACCAAGGUUUGACUUGUUUUCACUGAAUUUCAAAGGAAAUACUUUUAGGUCAUUUCCAAGCCCUUCUCCAACAUUCCCAACUUUUUCAACCGCUCGGUGGGACCGCAUUUCCAAUACAAAUGCUCAUGGCUCCGACCAAUCCAUGUAAGUUUCGCCGAGUUAUAUCAAUAUCUUCAAGUUUUUCGAGUUUCAGUGCUCCCCGGUGCUCAGAACCCGCUCCACUGGCCUCUUAUGAACUUGAACAAGGCUGCGGGUACGUUUAUGGUCCCACGCGAUCAAAAACUUCAAGACCAUCAUUUCAGGCGUCUCAAACUCAUUCUGUUUGCUCUCCAAACAGCCGGAUGACUCGUGCCUGUGCAGAAAUUGCCGUCAACGCCGUUGUGGAGUCAAUCUGACACCAACUGCUAGUAAUUUUGAAAUAAAAACGUCCUAGACACCAUUAAUCUUGAUUUCAGUACAAAUGAUCUCGCAGGAUCCGAACAUUAUCAACUGGGAAAAGUAUCCGAACACGAUUGCGCCGUUGGAAGUUCCAACUGGCCCGGAGCUCCAGCAGUCUGCGGUGAAACGAAACAAGGCAAAGGUGAUUCAAGGUAUUUACGGGUUUUUGUAGUUUCCACCCUCAAAUUGACGUUUCUCAGCGCUCGAGGUGAGUCCGGCCAACAAGAAUCCGCGAAAGACGGGAAGAAGACUUCCGGAAGGCAUCAUCAACGUCGACUACCUCUUCCGCUCGAACUUUAUGCUCAAAGAGGAGGUGAAGAGUAUGAACAACGAGAAGGCCAUCAAUUUGGGCGAGUUAGCAAUCGAUUUCAGGCCUCGAGAUAGUUGCUUCGCUGUUUUCAGAGAUCAUUCAAAAUCUGCGACGCAUGAUCGACGAGCGGGACAAGAAGAUCGAGCAGUUGCAGGUGAUGCUCAAGAGUCACGAGACCUUCAUCAAGUGCAUGGAUUUGAAAAGAUAA